UGCCACAAAAAAUUCUCCAGAUGAAGUUAUCUUUCGACUCGUUCAGAUAAACGUAUAUGUUUUUUAUCAAAAGCGAAUAAAAAAGUUAGAAUUAAUUGGUUUGAAGUAGUGCGCCAAAAUUCGGAAAUCCACAGAAUGACCAUCCAAGGACUGAAGUGUGACCUCAGCCCGACGGUGACCACCUGUCUGCAGCUGAAGGACUGCGUCCGUCCGGACUGCUGUCCCAUCCGGGAUCCCAUUCCCUACGAUGCCGAGUGCUUCGUGCGGGACAUUGGCCAGGAGCUGGACAAGCUGACGCAUCGCCACGAGCGCAUGUUCGUCAAGCGGCGGCGACUGAUGGAAAUGGCCAUACCCAGGCGGCGCACCUGCCGCUUUGUGCCCAAGUGCGCCUGCUCCUUUCCCAAGUCCAUAGAGAUGGUGCGACCAUGUGAUGCCCAGAAUCACACGCGCACCGAGCAACUGGCUCUGCCCACCGUCCGUCGAUUGCUUCACCGGCGGCGGACGGCCAUCCUGGCGGGCGACUCCAUUGGGGAGUCCAUACUGAAUAGGUGGCUUCGCUACAGCUAUCUAUCGCUGUACAGUCGUCUCACGAAUAUCCAGCCGUUGGUUAAGCCGAAGAAAAAGAAGAAGAAGACGGAGAAGCAGCUGGCCAAGCACGAGAAGUACAUCGAAAAGUUGGCGAAACCAAAAGAAGCACCAAAGGUUCCAAAGCCGGAUCGCGGAGCGGGCGAGUUCGACCCCGUGCGUCUCAAGCAGCUGGCCAGUCCCAAGGCCUAUUUGGAGGAGAUCAAGCCCAAGUGGGAGCUGACCUCCCAGAUGAAGGACUACAAGGCGACCAAGCGGAUCAAGCAAAUAUCGCAGCCCGUCGUGCGGGAUAACGUUCACAUCAACGAGAAUCCGGAGAAGGUUUCGCCCAAUGCCCUUCGCUACAAGCCGAGUGCCCGCAUCAAGGAGAUGUCCGAGCCACUGACCACGCGCGAUGCCAACCAGGGACUGGCGGACGUCAAGGAGAAUCCUUUCGGGAUCGCGCCAAACGCGCUCAAAUACAAGGCGAGCACGCGGAUCAAGGAGCUGGCGGAGCCCAAGGAGUUCGAGAACACGCACAUCCGGGAGAAUCCGUUUGCCAUAUCGCCGGCGGCUCUGAAGGCCAAAGCCUCGCCACGCCUCAUCGAGCUGGCCAAGCCAAAGGGUGGAUAAUAAUGGGAGCCGGACGGGGACUGUGUGUUGUCUCCAUAAUCAUUACCGUCCUUAUUGGUGUUCUAAGUUUAUUAUUUCGGCUACAUUUGGUAUCGACUUUACUAAUAAAUUUGUCUUUGGUUUUCUAAAAAACAUCGGGUCCAUCCGGGAUUGGAUUCCCUGCCAAAGAGGCGCAGGAGUUUGGAAUAGCGAUGAAAUCACCUUCGGUUUUUCAUUCCAGUCAAAAAAAAGUUUGUGAAAUAUGUUUGGGUUUUUUUUUCUUUUGUUUGUAUUACUUAAAAUUUAGACAGCUCGAACUGACAAUGGCUUUUAAAUAAUAAUUAAUUUAGAUUUGAGUUUAUUGUUAUCUUUCUCACAGCUCCAGUGGAGUGGGUCCACUCAAAGCCGUCCGCUAUCAGUUAAUUGGUUUAGCAAUAUCAUUUGUUUUCGGUGUUUUUUUUUUUUGUUUGCUUUUCAACUGGUUAAACAUAAAAUAUAAGUCGACCGUAAAUUAGGAUCUUUGCGAAAUCAAAAUGGGGGGAAAAA